AUGCUCGGAAUGUCUAGUACCGCGCCGACGGUGGCCCCCCGCCGUAAGCGUAUCAUCGUAGCCAUGACGGGAGCCACCGGAGCUAUACUUGGCAUCAAACUUCUUAUUGCUCUCCGAAACCUCAAUGUCGAGACGCAUCUUGUUACCAGUAAAUGGGCAGGAGAGACGAUCAAAUACGAGACAGACUAUCACGCUGCCAAUGUCACAGCAUUGGCAGACUUCUCGUACAACAUAAACGACAUGGCUGCAGCGAUUUCCAGCGGGUCAUUCCGCACAGAUGGCAUGAUCAUAGUGCCUUGCAGUAUGAAGACGCUUGCUUCGGUUUCGACUGGGUUAGGCAGUGAUCUGAUCGCCCGCGCUGCUGAUGUGAUGCUGAAAGAACGGAGGCGGCUGGUCCUGGUGACGCGGGAGACUCCACUCAGCGAGAUCCAUUUGCGCAACAUGCUGGAGGUUACGCGUGCAGGGGCCAUCAUCUUCCCGCCCGUGCCCGCUUUCUACAUCAAAUCUGACGACGUCGAAGUUAUGAUUAACCACAGCGUGGGAAGAAUGCUGGACCUUUUUGACCUUGAUAUAGGAAAUAUAGAACGCUGGGAAGGCUGGACAAAGGGGGACAAAUAG